UGUUUAAUAGUUUUUAAAUCUUAUAAGAUUAUACAUAAAGUCAUAAGUGUCAUCGAACAAUUAUAAUUAACUAAAGUGACAUAAGAAAUGGAGAAUCGAGAGAAAAAUUAAAAUAAUUGCAAGAUUUUUAUGGCAAAUGGCGUCGAAUGGUGGCGAUGCAAGUAAGAGGAACAAACCAUCAACAAAUGAAAAUAAUUACAACAACAAGAUUCAGAAAAAUACGAAAACCAGAAAUUCUAAGAGUAAUGCAGCGAUGGAGACAACUAAUGGAACUAUCACAAAAGGAGGAGCUAAUGAAAAGACCAAAAAUGGUCAAAAUCAGGAGAGAAGUCCAGGUUCAUCAUCCUCAUCAGACGAAGAUCGAUGUUGGAAGUUUCGACCACCGCCUCGCGGUUUCACUUCAGAGUCAUAUGUGCUUUGCGAGAGUUUUCUAGAAAGUGGCAUUUGUAAUUUCGGCACAAACUGUGUCGAAGCACACCACGAGGAUGAGUUGAAAGAAUGGAAAGAAAAAUUCGAAAUAAGAAAGAAUAAACUUGAAAGUUCAUCAAAGUUGCAGUAUGGAAAAAGUUACACUGAAGAUCUUCUCGAACGAUUGCAUCAAUCAACAAAUCCUGAAAAGAUUAUGAAAGAGAAGUUAGAUGGAGUGGAAGUGACUUGUUCAAAUGAACUCAACUUAACAGUCAGCUCGAAGACUUGCAAACGUGAAUGGAUUUUUGUAUUGAAAACGACGAAAGUGCUGAAAGCUGUCGCACUACUGCAGGACGAACAUCGUACACAUUUCUCGAUUAAGCAUGUUUAUCCCAUGAUACCGGGAAAGCAAUCAUCAACAAAUCAAUUUGAAGGCAGUAAAGUAGCAUUGACAACUGAUCAAGAAUGGCUCGCCACAACCGAAAUCUGUAAAUCAGCUCAAGACUCUGAAACAUCAUCAGCAGCAGAAAACGAAUCUUUAGUGUCACAUCGAGUGAAAAUUUGCUUCUCAACUGAUAUUUAUGGAACAUUUCGUCAAGCGGUUUGCUUCGACUUCAUUGGACUUGAAGCGAUUUUAGUGAAACAUUUUUGCAUCGAUGUUGUUCCACUUGAAGAGUAUGAUAAGAUUCAAGAGAUUAAGAAUGACAUACUUUCAGUUACACGAACGAGAUGGAAUGCAACAAACUCGGAACUUGUUCCUUAUAAAGCAGCACAGAUUUAUAGCGUUCAUAGUUCAACAGCGGCACAAGAUAAUGAGAAAGAAACUGAAUUAAUGGAGAGAUAUCCAUGUCCACAACAUGAUACAUUCGUUCUCUCACAAAGUACGAUAAGUGGAAAGUUAACUGAUACUAAUUAUCAACAAUGGAUGCACACACUCCUCUACAUUGAAGAAAUGGCUCGUUUUGACCUCAUUGCGAAGUUUAAUUUAACAACAAAUCUUAAGAUAACAAAUAACUUUAUUUUGGCACCAAACGGUAUGGCAACAUCGACAGCAAAAUAUUCACAUUCUGGUGAACUUUUUGGUGUUCUUGAGCUUUCACAAAAUAUAUCGGAAGAGACACCGCCGGGAUAUUUGAUUCUCAACAAUUGUAAUUCACUUUAUUUAUCGAAAAAUUUAUCGAGCCAGAAGAAAUCUGACAGACCUGAAGUAUAUGAAGCGUUGAUUGAGGAUAAAAGUAAGAAUAUCAUUUACUUGAAGCUUUCAGCUGAUACUGUCAAAGCUUUGAGUUUGAAGAACGAGGAUGAAGUGAAAGUCGACAUUCAAUUUCAACCAAGUCGAUUAACGUAUUGCGAGUGGCAUUUGGCUGUUGAUAAAAUCACUGAUUACAAAAUAAUUUUUCCCGAUAUAAACAUUGGACCCGAUAUUCCAUGGAAUCCGAAGCGACAAUGGGAUUCAACACUUGAUCAAAGAUUAAAUUCGAAGCAGCGUGAAGCUGUCGUUACAAUAACAUCACCAAUAAACAUUUCUCUACCGCCAAUACUUUUAAUCGGACCUUUUGGGACGGGAAAAACGUACACAUUGGCACAAAUCAUUAAACAAUUGUUGUUACAAAAGGAAGCUCGCAUUUUGAUUUGUACACAUUCAAAUUCAGCUGCCGAUUUGUAUAUUCGUGAGUAUCUUCAUCCAUGGGUUGAAAGUGGAAUAACUGAAGCAAAGCCACUUCGAAUUUAUUAUCACAAGCGAUGGGUGGCGACAGUGAAUUUAACUGUUCAAAAAUAUUGUUUGAUAGAGCUGAAAGGUAAUACGAGAGUUUUUAAACGACCAACAGUUGAUGACAUUUAUAAACAUAAAAUUGUUGUCGUGACGUUGUCAACGUCAAUGGAAUUGGCUUCACUGAAUCUUAAAAAAGGAUAUUUCACUCACAUUCUUCUCGAUGAAGCAGCGCAAGCAUUGGAAUGUGAAGCGAUUACACCUUUGGCACUUGCCGAUACCAACACGAGAAUUGUCCUUGCUGGUGAUCACAUGCAAAUGUCACCUGAAAUCUUCUCCAACUUUGCACGUGAAAGGAAACUUCACAUCUCAUUACUUGAACGCCUUUACGAAUAUUAUCCCGUGAAUUUCCCUACAAAAAUUUUACUCUGUGAAAAUUAUCGUGCACAUGAAGCAAUCAUUAAAUUUACAUCGGAACUUUUCUACGAUCAAAAGUUGAUUGCAUCAGGAAAACAACCGCGACAUGAGAAAUUCUAUCCAUUGACAUUCUUCACGACACGCGGUGAAGACAUUCAAGAUAAGAAUUCAACAGCUUUUUAUAACAAUGCUGAAGUUUAUGAGAUUGUUGAACGUGUAUGUGAAUUAAAGCGUAAAUGGCCAACAGCAUGGGGAAAGUUUAAUGAUACAUCAAUUGGAAUUAUGACGCCAUAUGCUGAUCAAGUGUUUCGUAUUCGUUCGGAAUUGCGAAAGAAACGAAUGGCUGGAAUUUCAGUUGAGAGAGUUUUGAAUGUUCAAGGAAAGCAAUUUCGCGCUGUUUUCCUUUCAACUGUUAGAACACGAAAGACAUGCUCGAAUAAAACAGAAGACAUCGAUUAUGGCUUUCUAUCGAAUUCAAAACUUCUCAACACGGCUAUUACACGAGCGCAAUCUUUAGUGUCAGUUGUUGGCGAUCCCGUCGCUUUAUGUAGUGUUGGAAGAUGUCGAAAGGUUUGGGAACGUUUCAUUGAUACAUGUCAUCAAAAUAAAAGCUUAUAUGGAAUAACAUGGCAAUCUUUAAAGUCACAACUUGAUGGCGUUGAACUCAGAAAAACUUACGUUUUAAAUCCACUCGCACCUGAAUUCAUCCCACGAUCACUUCAAACUGAAAGUUAUUUACGUGAUCAAAUCAUGAGAAAUAAUCGAAAUUUCAAUCCAAUGAUGAUGCCAGCAGUACAUGGUGGUGGCGUGGGUGCUUCAAUGAUGCAGAAACAACAACAACAGCAACAACAAAAUCAUUCAAUGAACUUUCAUCACAUGUCACAACAGCAGCAGCAACAUUCUUUUCAUCCACACAUCCCGCCCCCGCAACAACCGAAUCAAAUGAUGGGACCUUUUCCACCACCUACUCAAGGCUUUAAUAACAACAAUAAUAACAAUAAUAAUAAUAGCAUUCGACCAUUUGGUAGUCCAUCCUAUCCCCAACAUCCACAACCUCCAAACAAUGUUCAACAACAAUUUCCACCACCUUUCAAUGGAGCACCGCAACCAUUUCCAAACCAACAACAAAUACAAAACUUCAAUCAACCAAAUGUCAAUGCAAUGUCACAUGCACAACCACAUCCACCAAUAAUGCCGAACUUUCAUAUGAAUCAACAUUUGAAUGCGAGUAAUUUGUGGAGUUCGCCGAAUUCUUUGUUUCCAUCUGGAAUGGAUGGUGGUAAGAAUAUUGUGCAAGGUGCUGGUGUUGUUGGUGGCAAUCCAUGGCAAAUGAAGCCGCCAGUAAUGUCGCAACAGCAGCAACAACAAAUACGCUCGUCAGUCAUGCGACAACCACAACAAAAUCAACAACCAAUGUUUACGCCACCCCCACAAUUUCAUCAACAGCCACACAUGAAUUCUUUUCAAAGUCUCCCGAAAUUUCCAACAAAUUCAAUUGGUGAUAUGACGAAUUCGUUUAAUGGAAAUCACAUUGAUAUGUCGUCGCUUGCAAGUCAUGCGGCAUCAAAAUUGACAAUCAAUGAAAUUUUAUCACAACCGGAUAUGUUGGAGAAUAUGAAGAAGAGUGAAAAGGAUGUUCAAUUCUUGCAGAAUGUUCAUUUUCCCGAGAAACAACAAAUGUAUUCGAUGAAUCAUCAAAUGAAUUCACAACAACAGCAAACAAUGAAAUAUCCACAAAUAAACUUUCAUUCGACUAACAGUUCACAUUUACUUCCACCAAAUAUGAGUUUUUAUGAGAUGGCAAAUCAAUCGAAAGACUUUCAGUCACGUUGGUAUAUAAAAAUGAUUGAAUUGUAUGGUUUGGAAGAAGCUGAAAAGUUUACGGAGAUUUUGAGGCAAGUUUCAUUGAUGACUAAUAAUAAUCCAAAGCAUAUUGAUGGAUCGGUUUUCAAUGGAACGAUUGAUAAUCCAAGGAACUUCAAUAUGCAGCGUUUAAUGGACAUUCAACAGCAUCAAAUGAAACAUGAGCCGAAAAUGGAAAACUUAAUGAAAGUUCCAUCAGCGAGUGGCGGUUUCAGCGAUAACUUUGCCAACAAACUCUUUCAAUCGGAUGAACUCGAUGUCAUCUUCAAAAAUUCGGUUCAGAAUCAAAAACUUAUUGAGACAAAUUUGCUCGGUCCAAUCUCGAAUGAAAUUGACUUAAAUCCACCAUCAUCAAAUAUCAACUCCAAUACAACAUUUCCUGAUCGUAAUAUUCUUAAUGGAAUCGAUUUGUUUGCUAAUGUUCAAGAUUUGGAGACAAAUGUUCAAAGUCCACAGCGAUCUGUUCCGCUUUACAUGCGCAAACAGAAUCGUAACAACUUUGAAUAGUUUUUCUUUUAAUUAAUUUUUUUUUAUUUCUAUUUCUUGUUUCGUAAUAAAAGAAAAAAAUGAAAAUCAUUUUGCUAAUCAAAUAUAAAUAUAUUAAUCAUAAAAAGAAACUAAUUAAUUAACUUAGUUUUAAAUAUAGUCAAAGAAAAACUUGAAACAAAAAAAUUGGAAGAUGAAAAUUUUCUGAAGAAAAAAGAAUUAAAAAAAUUAUAAAAAAAUUAGGAAAAAACAAAAACAGAAAAUCAUGAAAAGUAAGGAAAAAUAUUAUCUAACUAAAUAAGAAGUUUUUAAUGGCAAUGUCAGAAGCUUUGAGUAGGAAAUUAAAGGUCUAGGAGAUGUCUUCAUGUGCUGUUUUCAAGAAUACAAAAGGAAUGUUUUCAGUUUUUCAUGAUUCUGACAUUGACCUUCCUUCAUCUUUCUCCCUCUCCCUCUCAAGGAACUUUUAUAAUUUACAUUGUGAUUGUAACAAAUUUUUCACAAUUAAAUAUUUAAGAAGAGUAAGAGAAGAAGUUUUCCUUUAUUUUGUGUUGAAGCAUUUGCUGACAACUUUUGACACACAAAACAAUCUUAAAUAUGUCAUGAGAGAGAAGCUUAAAUAUCUUUACUAAAACUUUUCAUUAUAAAUCUCAAAAAAGCAAAAACAUAAUGAAAAGUUUCUUACAAGCAACUUUUGGUGUUUAACUUCUUCUCGGAUGUGUAACUAAGAAUGCGGAGACGAGCUCAUGUUCACUCCCAAACAAAUAGAAAACGGAUGGGAAGUGCUAAGAGAUCUUGAAUGAGAACAAUUUCUUAUUAAUUAUUUUUUAUAAAUAAACUAUGAUAAGAAAAUGAAAUUAAAUGAUUAAUAAAAAAGAAAAAUAAUAAAAAGCAAAACAAAAAAAAUUAUAUAUUAAUUUGAACAUCAAUGGAAAUGUUUGUGUUUUUAAUUAAUUAUUUAAAGAUUUUGGAAUUGGGAAGGCAAAUCAUAUGAUAGAAGUUUAUUUUGCUUUCCAUUUGAAAAAUGGAUGAUUU